GGUCACAACUUUUUGAUCGAUUUAAUGCUGCACACACAAAUCCAUAGAUCCCAGGCUGCUUCAAUUGAUGAGCUCAAAAAUCUAUUGGCACAAUGGGGAACCCGUUUCAAUUUUCUCAACGAAAUUCUCGCCCACACCAUCACCGCCGGCGUCUUUGCGCGGGAAUUUGCCGGCGGACUGCUCGGCGCUUAUGCGAAACUCAACAAAGUAGUUGAAGCCCGGAAGAUAUUCGAUGUAAUGCCUAACCGAGAUGUGGGCUCGUGGACCUCUCUUCAGAAUCUUUACCUCAAUAUCAAACGACCCAGAAAAACGCUGGCGAUAUUUUCCGAGUUGAUUUCGUCUGAUUUCCCGAAACCCGAUUCUCAUUCCUUAGUUGCCGCUCUCUCUGCUUGCGCACGCUGCAAGGACCUGAGAAAUGGAAGAGCCAUUCAUGCUAUGGCGUACAAGUACCUAGAAAAGCCCAGGCCCAAUGUGCACAAUGCCCUAAUCGACAUGUAUGGAAAAACUCGAAGAGUUGGUUUAGCCCAUCGAGUUUUCAGUGGCAUAGAUUAUAAAGAUGUGGCUAUUUGGACUAGCUUACUUAAUGGGUAUAUUGUAAAUGGCGAUAUGUGUUCUGCUCAAAAGGUGUUUGAUGAAAUGCCGCAGAGAAAUGUGUUCUCUUGGACAGCGAUGAUUGUAGGGUGUGUGCGUGACAAGAAUCCUCUUGAGGCGUUGGAGUUGUUUAUGAAGAUGAGAAGUGAAGAUGUUGGAGCGCAUUGCAAUUGUAAUCCCACUACUUUUACUGUUGUUGCUCUGCUUUCUGCCUGUGCUGAUAUUGGUGCGCUGAAUUUAGGAAGCUCGGUUCAUGGAUACGUUAACAAACGCCACGGGUUUGUUUUGGAUGCUACCGUGAAUAAUGGGUUGAUGGACAUGUAUGGAAAAAGUGGGAAUCUUGAUUCAGCUGUGAAGCUGUUUGAUAGCAUGAGGAGGAAAGAUUUGUUUUCCUGGAGUAUUAUGAUAUCUGGUUUGGCACUACACGGCAAGGGUAGAGACGCCCUUGUUGUUUUCGAUUCAAUGGUGAAAUCGGGGUUGCUUCCGAAUGAAGUUACUUAUCUCUCAGUUUUAUCAGCUUGCAGCCAUGCCGGAUUAGUUACUGAGGGAGAGAGAUUGUUUGAAAGAUUUGUGAAUGGCUACAACAUGAAGCCAUCCAUCGAGCAUUACGGGUGUAUGGUGGAUCUUUUUGUUCGAGCAGGGCUUCUGGAGAAAGCCUUGUGGUUGGUUGAGCGGAUGCCUAUGAAGCCAGACUCUGUGAUCUGGAAAUCGCUUCUUGCUGCUUGUCUCCAACACGGGAAUUUCGAAUUAGCUGAAGUGGCGGGGAAGAAGGUGCUUGAACUGGAUCCAGAUGAUGAUGCUGUCUACGUGCUCCUUUUCAAUAUGUAUCGCUCCAAAAAUAGGCGGGGCGAUGCUUUGAGCGCGAUGAAGAUGAUGAGAGAUCAAAGAAUCAAGAAAACACCUGGGUGCAGUUGGAUUGAAGUGAAUGGUGUUGCUCAUGAGUUCCUUGCUGAAUCUUCUCAACACUAUGUCAGUGACAAUGUAGUGGUUGCUCUAAAUGGGGUGAUUGAACACUCAAGAUCAUAUAAAAAUCUUUUCUUGGAAUCAUCAUGAGAUUAUUAUUACUAUUAUUAUGAAGAAGAGGAAGAAGGCACGUGCAAUUUGUGAGCUCAGGAUGUGGUCGACAUAGAUGGGAACCCGGUGCAGGCGGGAGUGGACUACUACAUCCUGCCAGUUAUCCGCGGCAGAGGGGGCGGCCUCACACUAGCCAGCACCGGCAACAAAACCUGCCCACUUGACGUCGUCCAAGAGCCAGGGGAAUUGGACAACGGCCUCCCAUUAACCUUCCGCCCCCCAAACUCCAGCCAACGCGUGGUCCGUGUCUCAGCUGAUCAGAACUUCAUAUUCUCCGCUGCCUCAGUGUGCGUUCAAUCCACGGUGUGGACACUGCAACUCGACGAAUCAAUCUCAAACUACAUCAUAACAACUGGAGGCGUGGAAGGGAACUACGGCCGUGAAACGUUAAGCAACUGGUUCAGGAUCGACGAGUAUGACAGUGACUACAAAAUAGUGUACUGCCCGGCAGCGUGCGACACCUGCAGAGUCAUAUGCGGAGACGUCGACGUUUUGGUGCAAGAUGGAGUUAGGCGUUUGGUUCUCAAUGGUGAUGCCCCCUUGAAGGUUAUGUUCAAGAAGGCAUAAAUUAAUCUCUUUCUUAUUAAAGCAGCUCAGAAUAAUAAGUCCCAUAAAUAAAAGCUUCUGCAUACCUGAAAUUAUUGCCAUCAGAACUUAUGUGUAUAUCAGAAUGAUUCUGUGUUACACAACUUUGUUGCUUGUUUAUGACUUUUUUAGUGAAGGAAUUGUACUAAGCAAAGAACUAGCAUGUAACACAUCAAGAAUCGAUGAGUAUCAUAUUACGUCGUAAUUUAUAAUCGUCUUUAAUUAUUUUUAUGAUUAUAGCA